AGCAAGCUCAUCUCACCGUGCUCUACGCUUGCACAUUAUACACAACUGUGCAUAGUUUACUAAACGAAUGUAAUUAUACCUAGCACUUCAGAUAGAUCGUUGAUUAUCUUCUGGUUUCACUGGAUAGGAAAUGGGUCGCUUACAAGACGCCUCUUCACGAGUACAAGUCUCUGUGCGAGUGCGGCCUGUGGGCAAAGGCGAUCUCAAUAAUGACCGGAUUUCUGGUACAAAAGUCCGACGAAUGCGACGUGAUCAUCGACGAUGAGAAGAUAAAGCGUUCCUACCGCUUCGACCACGUGUUUGGCGGCGGACAGGAGGAGGUGUUCGAGACGAUUGGCAAGCCGAUGUUGGAGGACGCAUACAAAGGCUUCAACGUGUGCUUGUUCGCGUACGGGCAGACAGGCAGCGGCAAGACGUACAGCUUGCUGGGCGAGGUGGGGAGCGAGGAGUGCGAGGGCGUCGCACCGCGGUUUGUGCGGUGCCUGUUCGAAGAGGCGCAGCGUAUGGUGGACGAAGAUGCGGACCUGACGAUCCGCGUGUCGCUGACGAUGAUCGAGGUGUACAUGGAGAAGGUGCGCGACCUGCUGACGCCGCGGCAGCGCGGGCAGGAGCCGGAGUCGCUGGAGAUUCAUGAGGAUCCGCGGCGGCGCGUGUACGUGAAGGGAGCGAGCGUGCACCAGGUGCUGAGCGCGGAGCGGAUGAUGGAGCUGCUGCGCGCUGGCAACGCGAACCGGCAGACGGCGGAGACGAAGAUGAACGAGACGAGCUCGCGCUCGCACGCGAUUAUGCAGAUCACGCUCUCGCAGGAGUUCGCGUCGGUGGAGAAGAAGGACCUGGAGUGCGUCGUGUCGCUGGUGGACCUCGCGGGGAGCGAGCGGCAGACGAAGACGGAGUCGACGGGGCAGCAGUUCGAGGAGGCGAAGAAGAUCAACCUCUCACUGCUGAUGCUGGGGCGUGCGCUGAACUCGUUCAGUGAGCGCAAGGGCGGCGACGCGUUCAUCUCGCUGCGCGAGUCGAAGCUGACCCGGCUGCUGUCGGAGAGCUUUGGCGGCAACAGCAAGACGUGGAUGCUCGCGACGGUGUCGCCGACAGCGUUCAACCUGACGGAGACCAUCUCGACGCUGGACUACGCGACGAACGCGAUGGCGAUCACGAAUAAGGCGAAGGUGAACAAGAGCUCCAAGGAUCUCGAAUACAGUGAUCUAGUAAAGUUACGCGCCUACCUUGACGACUCCAUUUCGCGCGAAACAGGCCUGAUCGAGACGUACGACAGGGAAGCCGCUGAGCUUAGGGCAGACAUAACAUCUCUACGUCGAGAGUUGCUGGCGUUAAAUGAUAGCAAGAUGGAGUCCGAAUUACAAGACGCACUCGCAGAGCGAAAUGCGUUGAUUUCCGCCUUGGUCAACAAGUUGUCCUUUGCUGCUGGAGAUGAUCGGGAGCGAGUCCCGCUGGUCUGUUUUUGUGGCACGUGUAAAACUACCCUGGGGGGGAUUCCGCUUGGGUCCUACGAGGUGGACACUCUUGUUGUGCCUUUCUACGAUCUUGUAGGUCCCCCGCCACUGCUGCAAUGCAACUUGCAUGUGCAGCUCACUGCUGAGGAGGAGGUGAUGGUAGUGGUGGAGCUGGUGGAACUGCAUCACUUGCCAGACUUUGCCAGCGAAGGUGUGCGGGUGUCUAUCUGGUUUGAUGGACAAGAAGGUAGCCGCGUCUCUACCCCUAUUGUGCCGUCCAAUGGCGGAAAUCCAAAGCUGAACUUUAAGCAAGUUUAUGUGUUGGGCCCAAUAACGGAGAGGUUGCAGCAGUUUCUGUCAACGGAUUCCCUGUAUCUGCAGGUGGAAGGAAUCACCAGCACAGUGAUGAACUCCCUUGAUGUUGACGAAACCGGAAGCCAAUGCCUUUCCUGA